GCUAACUAACCGCUGGCAGAGGGUUUAGUGUUUACUAGAACUAGAAGGCCCAAUCUGCUUUCGCUAUCCGUUGCGGCGCACAACUGCCUACCCACUUCGACUCCCAACAAAGAAUUGCAGUCGUCUCCAACACAGCAGUUUUGUGGGAGAGUACCUUCUGAAGCGUUAUGAAAAUGAGUGUUUCUGGAUUGACGGGUAGUCCCUCAGGAUGUUGCCUCCAGAUUCCUGGUUGCAAUCGAGGGUUUUUAUAUAAGCGAAUUUUAGCUAUUCCAGGUGCUGAGAGGCCCACAGGAAAGAUUGAGUCACUCCAUUUUCAAAGAAGUUAUUGGGCUGCUUCUAUGCUAAAAUUCAAAACAAGACAAUCUUACUUUAUCAAGUGUGCAAUGGAUGCUUCCUAUGGUGAUAUGAAGAAUGAAUCAGCUGGUUCAGAAAUUUUUCCAAGAAUUAAUAUUAGGGACCCAUAUAAACGACUGGGAAUAAGCAGGGAGGCUUCUGAAGAUGAAAUUCAAGCUGCAAGGAACUUCCUCAUUAGUAAAUAUGGGGGGCACAAACCAAGUGUAGAUGCAAUUGAAUCAGCACAUGACAAGAUAAUUAUGCAGAAGUUUUAUGAAAGGAAGAACCCAAAAAUUGACAUCAAGAAAAAGGUUAGGGAAGUCAAACAAUCUCGUUUUGUACAAGCUGUUACAAGCAGGUUCCAGACUCCAGCCACAAAAUUCAUUAUAAAAUCAUCCAUUGCAUUCAUGUUACUUGGAGUUCUCACUGUUCUGUUCCCAACUGAAGAGGGACCAACAGUCCAGGUAGCCUUAUCACUGAUGGCUACCAUCUACUUCAUACAUGAACGGCUGAAGAGCAAAAUCCGAGCACUACUUUAUGGGGCUGGAGCUUUUGCUUUAUCCUGGUUUGUGGGGACCUUCUUGGUGAUUUCUGUUAUUCCACCUAUCAUAAAAGGACUAAGGGGUUUUGAAGUGACAACUUCAUUGGUAACCUAUAUUCUACUUUGGGUUUCAUCAACUUAUCUCAAGUAGUGCCAGGUUCUCUAAUCACAGGUCUGCAGUUUUUGUUGAAGUGAACUGAACAAGGUUUCUUGGUAAGAUUUCAUCCAUCAUUUCUUGCUUGGAGGAGCUGUCUUAUGUUUCAUGUUACUGGUAUGAUACUCUAAAGUGAUGAUGGGUAUAAAAUUUUUGUCAAAGAGCUAGGUUGCAAAGAAAGAUUUGGGGUUGAUAUUUGAUUUGCUAUCUGGAAAAAGAUGUAAACCGAGACCAAAGUAAAGAAUAGGUGUUGAG